AUGGACUCAUUACUCCUAGGAAAUGCCCCUCCAAUCUUACAACCAACAAAACCAAUCAUGAACUAGUCAUAUACUCAAUUGAAAACUGCACAGAAUUAAAACUAGAAUAACAAUACUCCUCUAAUUUAAAUUGCUACAAACACUUAAAAGUAGCAAUAAUAGCCACCUUUGCACUCUCAAAAGCUGCCUUAAUAGCAGUAAUAGCUAAUUACCUCCUAAUCAUAAAAUAAGACUCAGACUUAGGAUUUAAGUUAACCAUCUUAGUACCAACAAUAGCAGCAGUAAACUCAGAUAGCAUCUAAAAAGACUCAGAAUCUUAUAUCAAGCAGUGCAUUGCAAACUAUAGAAGAAGAUAAGGAAGAAGUAAAUGGUACACCCUAGUUAGAGAAGAAAAUGCCUUACUAGUUGGGCAAAAGUGAUGGUGGAGCAAUAAAGCAAUUUGGUGACUUUGGAUUAGGUGGGUAAAGUACCAAAAUCAAGGGUAAUCAGCCAACUGGAAUAAACGUGGAAAAGAAGGAGAGCUUUGGCUUAGGAGGGUUAGGUGCAUUAAAUCUGAACGAUUAAAAAUAAGAUGAAAUCUAAAAUGACUUUAAAAAUAUUUCAUUUGGAAGCAAGACUUUAAUGAAAGGUCCCUAAGAUUUGUAACAAAGACCGGAAAUUAAAAAGGAGGAAUUAAAACCUGAGGAUAAAACGAUUGGUUAAUUUUCUGGAAUAAGCAUACCAGUCAAGUCAUAAGGAUAAGUAAAACCAAAGGAAGAAUAAAAGAGGCCAGAACUCAACACAAUUAUUGCACGUUAAAAGGAUUAAGAUAAAACUGGAGCUUAGUCAAAGGAAAAGGAUUAGCUAGAACAAAAGCCAGCAUCUUAAAACAUCGUUGUAUUCGGAACUUCUACUAACACUCUUCGUCCUUAAUUUAAUAAGUAAACUUCUCAAUUAGCACCAAGCUCUUAGCCAAAUAAGGUAUUUGGAGCAGGAACAUCUCUAGGAUAAUAAGCACCUGGUCUAACAUUUUCAUCAGUAAGCGGAGGAGGAAAUAUUACCACUGGAGCAACUAGUCUUUAAAAUACUUAAAUAAACUUAAGGAACUAACCUUGGAUUUGGUUCACAAAAAAAUGA